GCUGCAGCUCUGAAACCGUCUCUCACUCUUGAGUGGCUUCCUGUGGAGACGGGUCAUCCUGUUCUCGCAGUCUCUCGCUCCACUCUUCAAACCUCAGUCGAUGGUCUACUGUUUCUGCCUUUUGCCGAGAUCCCUCGAUGGAUUCAGCCUGAUUGAUCGUAAUGAGUUUGGGGAGCUUAGACGUGGCUAGAAGUGCACUGGGAGCGGCCCUCUCACUCCUCCUCUGUGCCUCUAUAAUACAAGGGCUCCGGAAUGACAUUGAGAUGGCACAUUAUGAAACGACCGAAGCAGCAGUGGGCCAGAACGUAACCUUAUUGUGUACUGUAAAACACCAUCCCAGGCUCAGGAUUGUCAGUAUUGAAUGGAGGAAGAAUAUGAUCGGGAACCCAAAGCUGGCUCUGUUCAGCCAGGGUCACGGAGUCCAUUUAUUUUGGCCCAACGUAACUAUAGAUAUAGAGAAGAACCAUGCCAACAAGUCAACAGGGUCCUACCUGCACCUACUCGAGGUGAAGAAAUGGGACGGUGGCAUCUAUAUUUGUGAUGUUGCAACUUUUCCUUUCGGCUCUAUCAGGAGGGAGACGGAGCUGAAGAUCAAAGAUGCUGUUGAACUAAUGUGUGACGUGGGUCAGAGUGUUGACAUCCGUAAUGGAGAAAAUGUGACAAUUCGCUGCCGAGCGUCCCCUCAGGCACAGUACAGAUGGACCAAGAACAUGGAGCUGGUGUCAGAGACUGAAUCUCUGGAGCUCUUGUGGGUGACUGAUGCUCACGCAGGGGUUUAUACACUGACUGUCGAUAUAGGAAAAGAAAGUAUGCACAAAGAGUUUACCAUCACGGUGCAAACAGCAACCACGGGUUUACAGACAGAUCCCACAACAGUGUCACCACAGUCGAACGUAACUGAAGAGGGUUUUCUGAAACCUGCAGGCCACAACCUCACCACAUCACCAACCACUGGGCACUCAACCUCCAUCCCCAGCGUAACUUGGACCACGGCCGUCGCCGGUACAGACGCGACAGAUGCUCAUGUUACGGCCACAGCUGGGGAGCGUGUAACCUCUUUUACAAGUCCUGCACAUUCCAGUGUCACAUCAUCCCCUGCUGCCGCACACACUGAGCCCAAUCACUCUACUGCAUUAAGUCCCGGUAGCACGGUUUACAGAACCACGCAGGAAAUGGCCGGCGAUGAAACGAGGAACGAGUCCACGCUUCACACAGCGCAUCCGGAGGACAUUUUCUCGAUCAGGCCACGGGAGUCCGUCACCCCGGGGGAUAUCACAGAGAAGUAUGAAAGCCCCGGUGCAACCCAGACACUGAAAACUGGAAAUGGAAUAGCGGUUGAUGAUACCGGGCGGAGUCAUCUCGGGGCGUUGAUCGUUGUUCCAGUCCUGGUGCUGAUCGCCGUGGCCGGCCUGCUCUACAGGAGACGCAUUAUAAAACAGAGGAUGGCUUUGCCGCCCCCGUUCAAACCCCCUCCUCCUCCGGUCAAGUACACAACUUCAAGAUACCAAGAGAUUCUUCUCCCCACUUCUAAGUGUAACGCAGAAACAGAAUUCAAAGAAAUGCAACAAAUGUUUCUCAAUGUAUAACGCAUAAUGGAGUUUGAUAAAUUGGUUAUAGUGUUUACUGUACUGGUGAGAAACCACAAGGUGUAUUAUUCCCGGGUGUGCUCAGCGUCAAACUGCAGGCGAUGCGGCUCAUGUGUAUGUCUUGGGUGGGUGGGGUUGGUUCUAUGCAAAUAAAAUGUUCUCAUGUUUUCUUUUGAAUGUAAGAAAUGCUUUUUGUACUGAAAGUCACCAUAUAGCUUCCAACAUUUGAAAAUAAAAGCUGGUUUAACAUGA